AACGACGGACAAAGACUUUGAAAUCGUACAUAGAAGCGGCGGUAUUAGCCGAAACGGGUCUGCUGAUACAACCAAAGGAUAUCUACGAAGAAAGGAAAAAGCGGUGCAGAUCUAGGGUAAUUAUUGGACAGCUGGAGGUAUACGAAGGCUACAAUAGUGGACAAAACGUGUCGGCGCCGCAAGAACCGACACCUGGAAUAUCUGGCAACAACGAGAAGUUACCUUCGCAAUUGAGUGAGAAUAAUCACCGUGAAGAAAACUUGUGGUUGACGACAGAGGGAGUAAAUCAACAGUUAAGGCAUUCUGAUACGAGAGCCGCAGUGGCGGGUGAACUGGCUUGCCUCGCGGGUUACAUGGCGGGGUACCUGAAGGCUACCGGCGCCACUUGCGCUCCGACCAGUAGUCCUCAGUACCAUCCCCACGGUCAUCCAGCAAUGGGAGUCGGUACCCAUCCCCAUCCGCAUUCUCACCCGCAUCCAGGAGCCCCUCACCCAGGUCUACCAUCGCCGUUCGCACUCGCCACUCACGGUCAUCCACAUCCUCAUCCCUUGGAGCAUGGACUAGCUGCCUUCCCACAAGGAAUGAAUCAACGUAAACAACGCCGAGAAAGGACAACCUUUACCAGAGCGCAAUUGGACGUGUUAGAGGGACUUUUUACUAAAACACGAUACCCGGACAUCUUUAUGCGCGAAGAGGUUGCGCUGAAAAUUAACUUGCCUGAAUCACGAGUGCAGGUGUGGUUCAAGAAUCGUCGUGCGAAAUGCAGACAGCAAUUGCAACAGCAACAGCAGACUUCGCCUUCAAAAGGAUCGCCGAGAUCGAAUCAAAACCAAAACAAUAGUAGCAAUAGCAACAAGAUGCCGACGAGCUCGUCAGCGUCAACUAGUAGACGCUCAUCGCCGGUUUCUCCACCGCGUGGCAAAGAGGCACCCGGGCCGAAUUCGCCUCUCUUAUCGACUACGUCGACGUACCCGCGUCUAGGUGUAACGCCGACCGGCGGAAGCGGAGCAAACAGCGCUCUAACUACACCUUCUCCGCCGUUGACUCCGGGUGCGAGUCAAUUGCCGCCAUCGUCAUAUCCACCACCGAUGAAUCAACUUCAUCACAGCGAAUACGGUUUCGCUUGGAGUUCAUCGUCACCCGGCUCGGUGAACCCGAGCCAAUGUUACGCUGGGCAGACCUACAAUGCCUAUCAGAAUCCGUACACCAGCGGCGAUUACUAUCAAACUCAGAUCUCUCACAUGCAUCACAGCCCGCAAGGAAAUUACCAUCCGCAGUAUCACCACAACAUGACAUUGACGUCCUCUAUGUCACACUUGACCAGUCAUCAUUUGAAUCCAACAGGCAGCAACGACAUGGCCACUUCGUCAGAGUCCGAUGGUUAUGUACUAUCUGACCAGAAAUAUCAGGCGAUGGUAUAGCGGCCUGGUAGAAAUUCUGGAAUCUUUCACCGUACUCAGGAAACUACAGCUACUGAAUCCUUUGCCACUUAUAACUAGAUCGCGAAUCUUUAUGCAGAUAUCGUGACAUGUCAAAUACGCAAGGUAUAUACAUAUACAUAUAUAUAUAUAUAUACAUGAGACAAUUCAUUUGUUGUUAUUUAAUGACAAAGCAAAUUUCUGUCCAGGUUUCAAAAUAAUAUGCAUUUUUUAUCAAAGUAUAGAUUUUCAUAGAGAUCCGCGGUCUACUAGCGAUUGCUUCCGAAAUAUAAUGAUAAAUCGCGUCAAAGCGGUGACAUCUAUUUCGGUAAUGAUUGACAGAGGCGCGGAUCCUGUUAUGGUUCAUUUUCCUGUCCCACAAGAGAAGAUUCGAAUAAGGAUAAAUUAUAUUUUGUAAGACAUUAAUUAACGAAGAUAGAGAUAAUUACAAUCAGUGUUUUUCAAUUUCCUUACCUAUGCAACAACUGGUUUAUAUAAUUUAUCCUUCGUACGACUGGCUUUUACGAUUAUCAUUGCGGGAGUGAUGUAGAGAAGGAGUAGAAUAAAACAAAGAAACUCCUGAUAUCUUCGUCCUUUUUUUAUGAUCUUUCGGUAUUCUCUCGAACCUUCUCGAAGCUGGUGCUCCUUUUCAAGAAAUGUUGAGGAUGGUACCGAUUAUAAUGCGAAAUAAAAUCCUCGGGAACAAUUUAAAUUAAUAUCGUAAUAGUCUAAUUGUAUGUUUGAUCAUAAUUAAACGUCCACGGUAAUUGAUUCUUACUUUCGACAUUGAAUUUUACCGCGUGUUAGGAGACAAAAAAGUGUCUAAAUGAAUUAUUUCUGACUUAAACUUUCAAUAGUUGAUAUAAAUAUGGAUGGACAUUGAUGUGUAGCAUCAUGAUUUCCGUAGUAUAUAUUCAUUGAAGUUUUAACUUGGGAACGACUCGAGUAAGAGUAGUCAGAAUAGAUAAAUAAUGAUAAACAUCUAAGUGGUCUAGAGGGUGUUUAAUUAUCAUCUGAAUUUUUCUCGUUGCUUGUAUCGUGAUUAACCGACUACCAGAUGAUCGAGAACACAAACACAGAACUCUCUUGCAGCUAUUUACAAUCGGAAAUGGAAAAGAAUAUCUGAUCUGGACCCGUUCAACUCGAUUCCAUUCGACGCGUGUUCUUAUUUUGAUCGUUCGAAGCCGAAACGAAAUUCAAACGUUUUUACAAUUGACGCGAGAGUGAAAUUUCCCUUCUUCCAUUCUGAUUGCUUUCUUGGAUGUGUUUUCGAUUAAUUUAAUUUCUUGUUUCGCGAUUAUUUCAUCGCCUCUGAGAAUAUAUCGAUGCUCGAGUUAUCCCCAAGAUUAUAAAUAUAUAAGAAUCGACAACGAUGUUUCGCGAUCGAUCGUAAAACGGCUAUCGUAGUAGGAACAUUUGGUUCCUCAUUCCAUUCAAUUUCUAAUGCAGUAACAGUCGGGAGAAACGAAAUAGUGCAAUUGCGAUAGCUGGGAGAAGAUCGUGCGUGAUCGUUGAUCUCUGGAUUCAUAAGCUUAUAUACGCUUAUUGUAAUUAUUCUAUUCCUUUCUUUUUUUUAUCUUUUUUCUUAUUGUAACUUUUUAUUAGUAUUAGAGAGUGUACCGAAGCCGAAAAGGUUCGAGAGUGUUAGAUAGUGGCAUACCUAUCCAACUUCGUCUGUUCCAUUUCGUGACAAGGGAAACUGGUAUUAAAUUAUAGAUCGUUUCUUGCAGUUACGACUCGAUCUGCGAGUUAUUAUUGUAUAUUCCGCGUAUACAGCCCUAAUGUAUAUUAUCGUGAGUUGAAACGUAAAGUUAACUGAAAUAAAAAAAAAAGAAAAAAAAAAUGAGAUAUCAGUAAAUUUAAGAAUAGAAAAUGACAGUAAGCUGUAAUUGAUCAUUGUGCGUAUAGUGUUAAGUUACUUUGUAACGAUACGACGCCAGCUGUACAUAAUUAUUAGACUUAUAAGGUACAUGAUUAUUCUAUCAUGUAAGAAGAGAAUCUUACUACGUCAAAAAAUAAAUCGUCACAUAUUAUUAAUAA